AUGGUCAAAGCAGUCGCAGUCGUUAGAGGUGAUUCCUCCGUUAGCGGAGUUGUCAAGUUUGAACAAGCUUCAGAAUCCGAGCCAACCACCAUCUCAUGGGAAAUUGAAGGUAACGACCCAAACGCAUUGAGAGGUUUCCACGUCCACGCCUUUGGUGACAACACCAACGGUUGUACCUCUGCUGGUCCUCACUUUAACCCAUUCAGCAAAACACACGGUGCACCAGAAGAUGACGAGAGACACGUCGGUGACUUGGGUAAUAUCUCAACCGACUCCAAGGGUGUUGCCAAAGGUACCAAGCAAGACUUGCUUAUCAAAUUGAUUGGUAAAGACUCAGUCCUCGGUAGAUCUGUUGUCGUCCACGCUGGUACCGAUGAUUACGGUAAAGGUGGUUUCGAAGACUCCAAGACUACAGGUCACGCAGGUGCUAGACCAGCAUGUGGUGUCAUUGGUCUUGCCGAAUAA